UGCUCUCAUUUCUUUUAAAGGGCUUACCAUUUUUCUAGAGAUAGGGAUAUCUUAAAACCCAAUCCAGUCCAAUGCAAAAGCAGUUCGAGAUUUUGCGUAGAAACCACUUGAUUGCUUCUCUCUCUCUCUCUCUCUCUCUCUCUCUCUCAUGACUUCAAGUUUAAGUAUGAUUUUCUCUAACCCCCCUUUAAAUCAUCCAAAAUUAUUCUAAAUUUUUUCUACUCAAACAUCAUUUAAAGUUAUAACUCACCUAUCUAAACAGUUUGGUCAGCUAAUUUUGAUAUUUCACCGACAAUUAACAUAGCGCAGUUCUGGCAUAAUCGAUCGUCAAUGGGAGGCCAAUCCUUGUGUGUAAAGCCAAAGUUGAGGAAAGGUUUGUGGUCGCCUGAAGAAGAUGAGAAACUGUUUAAUUACAUAACCAGAUUUGGUGUUGGCUGCUGGAGUACAGUUCCUAAGCUAGCCGGUUUACAGAGGUGUGGAAAGAGCUGUAGACUGAGAUGGAUAAACUACUUGAGACCUGACCUUAAGCGAGGAAUGUUUUCGGAGCAAGAGGAGGAUCUCAUACUUAGUCUACAUGAAGCUCUGGGCAACAGGUGGGCUCAAAUUGCAGCGCAAUUGCCAGGCAGAACAGAUAAUGAGGUAAAGAACUUCUGGAACUCAUGUUUGAAGAAGAAGCUAAUGAAGCAAGGCAUUGAUCCAAACACCCACAAGCCAAUAAACGAUGCAGAAGUAAGAGAUGGAAAGACUUGUACAGAAAAGUCAUCACCGACUUCACCAAAACUCCGAGGACUUGGAAUUGUAUCAGCCUCAGCUGAAAUUGACCAAGCAUUUCAUGUUAACAACAGCACAAGUACUUACUAUGAUGGCGGACUAACAAAAUCUUCAAGAGAGCCAUUUGGAAGCAAACCAAUCUUCGAUCCUCUUUUGCUAUAUGAAUUCCAAGGCAGUGUCGAUCCAAUUGGGUACAAUUCAAAUCUUUUGGUGACACAGUAUCAGCAAACGCUGAGACCUUAUGAUCAAAACCAUCUGGAGGUAAGUCCCAACUUUGGAUUCAAUUCAAUGCCCAAUUUAACAAAUUUUGAUCAUGGAAACAUGGGUGAGACGGAUUUUUCUGAUAAUUCAACCUCGAGAAUGAGUUCGCUUUUGUUCAAUGACGCAAAAGAAAGUUCAAGCAAUAGUUCCAUUGUAAGCAGCCACACUUGCUUUCAGAUGAAAAACGUGGUGGAAAAUGCAGCCUUUGCAUGGGGCACCGACAACAAGUUGGGACCGGUGUUUCAGUGUGAAUUGAAUAAUGGGAUCAAAUCUGAAGAACUGAAUCAAAGUCCAUGGCCAGAAAGGCAGCUUCAUACUCACAAUUCAGAUGACUUUAGUAGUUAUCCAUUGAUGUCGCUAUCAGAAGAUCCAACCGGGGCAAGCGUGGGUGUUUUCCAGCAUAUAUAAACUGUAAAUUCAAAAAAAGAUAAAAAAAUUUAACCUUUCUAUGAACAGAAACACACACACAUAUUGAUGGCACAGGAAACUCCUAGUAAAGGUUUGAGGUGAACAUCUUUCUUUUUUCUUUUCUUUUUUAACUUCUGGCAAUAAGAUGACGUUUUGUAAUCUCUUUAUUUCACCUAUUCUAUUUGUUUGUUUCAAGAGUUGAAUUGAAGUUUUCUACCGUUUUGACAGUGAAA